GAGGGGCAAAUCACUCCAAGAAAAUCUCGUACACCUUUUGUGAAAAUCCUAUUGUUUUAUCUGAAAAUCCUCGGGAAUCCUUUUGUUUUAGAGAAAAUCUCGUACGCUAUUUGCAAGAGUGAAUUGCAAUUGCCCCUCGGUGCUGUCUGCUCCUGCACGGCUCUACUGUGAACAAGCAACAACGAAGCAGUGAUGACAAGUGACAGGUGCCUUAGGACACUGCGGCAGUCAUGUAAUACCUGUAUUUCUCGUCUUUACAAGAUUAUUUGUUUGCACAAGGGCCUAGUCAACAUUUAAAUGCGUUUGAAACAGAAUUGAACAAGUCCUUGAAAUGGCAGCCGAGAAGCAGCUCAUUGUAGUGUCACUUCCAGAAGACAAAUAUUACAAGAAGAGCCGUGACGACAUUGCGCAAUUCGUAAAAGAUUUGGCAGCAGCUGCUUCUGAUAAAGACGACGUUUUGGUACUGUUUCCGUCAAAGUUCAUGUCUAGCGAUGGAUCAUAUGGUGGCUUUGAUUUUGGUGAUGCAUAUGUGCUGCCAGUUGAUGAGUCAAUCGAUCUCUGGAUGAGGGAUUUCGGACUUGUUUCGCCAUACAAGCCAGUCAAGUUUAUUUAUGGGUCUGAUUACCUUAGUCGGUCUGAUGCACGCUAUGUUGACAACUCGUUCAGAAAAUUGCUGUCACGGUACGGGGGAUUUCCUAAGGAGAGCAGGCUCAUUUUAGACGGUGGAAAUGUCGUUGACAAUGGUGUGGAUAAAGCCAUAAUUACAGAUAGAUUCUACUAUGAUAAUCCAAAACAGGACGAAACGGUUUUAAGGAAGGAGGUUGAGGCUGCUUUGGACAUGACAGUAGCUAUCAUCCCAGACCCACGUGACACAACAGGCCACGCAGAUGGAGUAGUUUCGUUCAUUGACACGAAUGUUUUGGCCAUUGGUGACUACUGCGAUGCAAAGUAUUAUAAAUUGGUGAAAGAAGCAGUGGAGGAGAUUUUCCCAGAUCUUACAAUAGUCAAGGUACCUUGCAUGGAUGAUGGAAAAUCAAAACCAACAAAGAGUCCUAAUUGGCGAGGGUUUUCAUCCUCUGUAGGGUCUUAUGUUAAUAGCCUGCUCACAGAUAGCACUGUGUACGUUCCUCAAUUCAACAAGGCGGAUAACGACCAGAUAGCCCUUGACAUUGUGCAAAAGAACACACACAGGCGUGUCGUCACAGUGGAUACAUCAAGACUUUCGCAUAUGGGUGGCAGUGUCAGAUGCAUGUCUUGGCAAAUCAGCUCCUCAGAUCCGCUUGCAAAAGCUUUGCUCAAGGCAGCUAAGCAGUCCAAGUAAGCUGCUGCACAAUCUGCUUGAAACUAGCAGCUUAAUUGAUUAAAAUGAUUUAUGCUAUUGUCAAUGUUUUUAAAACAUUAGAAGCUUUUAUCUCUCUAUUGCUGCAAAGGAAAUGAUUAACACAUUAAAAUUUAUAUAAAGAAUAACACAAUUCAGAUGCAUGUUGACUCGAACGCCCUUUAAUUUUUUCUUGGAUCGAGGUAAAGCUGUCCAGGAACGUUUCGCUCACACUAUUGAGUAUUUUUUUUAAAUUUUUUGUCAUUAAUUGCCGUCUCAGAUUUUUUGCCUCAGUGAUGAAGGUUAUAUAAAUUUGAAAGGAAAAAGACUCAAAAAGGAGUCUUGUGGUACAUUGUUUAAAGUUCUUCUGCAGAAUGAUCGGCUCGAUUGUAAAAUGUUAUUUGGCCUCCUAUGCUAAAAAGAGCUUCCAAUGUAAUAUCUUGAAUUCCUAAUAUACUUUCUAGUAAUAUCAAGAUUUAAAACUUCAAAAGGAAACGUUUUUCAAGUAUCUAUUGCGAAGAUUUCAUGCUUUCGGCAAUUUAUACGAUAUAUAAAUUGCAUCUAAAAGCCCAAUUCAUUUUUGUUCUGGUGAAGUACUUCAGUCCCUGACAUAGUAAGCCUAAAGUAAGAAGAGGCUCGUCCAAACACACGUGGUUUAACUAUUGAUUGUAAGAUAUUCUUUUUCCCUCCAUCCAAUAUUAUUCUCUGAUAGAAAAUUUCUUAGAAAAUCAAAAUUUUCUUGAUCUUGUUUAGUAUAAGACACCAUAUUUCCAAGUAUGAUUUUCCUUAGUAACAUGGAUUACGUUAAUUGAUUACUCAAAUUCUCAUUUAAGUUUCUCUAUGUGCUGAAAUUGAGCCGAUCAUAUAGCAGCGCGGCAUAUUUGUUUGCUUGGAAACUAUUUGUUGUUCCAUUAGUUAUCCGCUUCUCUGCCAAGCCUAAAGUUCUUCUGAUGCUUGUUUUUAAUUCUCGUGGCAUUGUGGGUGCUAAACAUUGCAUGCGUGUGCCGGAAUAUAACUGCCUAGUUGGUAUCAUCCAUAAAGCACUAUACUGAUGACGUCAAUGAAUAUUGCCUUUGCAAUACGUUUAUGCAUUCGUACAGAUAACUGAUACCCAUGCAAAAAUAUCAUUAAUUUGUAUAGAUACAGUUUGGAAAUUAUCUUGUUCCGUUAUGCGUGGCGAUGAUACGAAAACUUCGACAGUUCCGGGGAAUUUCUCUCCAAUAAACACAGUUGCGAUGACCUUCUUCUGGUUACCAGUCAGUCUUCUAAUUUUGAGCACUAGACCUUCAGUAAUUCGUUUUGACCACCUAGCAACAUGUUUUGAAUGAAAUAGUUUGCCUUGAAGCACCCUCCCUAACUCCGUAUACGCUAACGCGCGAAUGUCCGCGUUGGUUAAAUUGAUGCUCGGCGAACGCGGUGACGGUGGCGAUAAGGUAUCUCUGGAUGAUUUAUCCCCAUUAUCUUCAUAACCAGAGUCGAAACGAAAUCUUCGGGGGUGGCGGCCAGGCGAUAGAUUAUAGCGGUUCGCUUGAGUUGGGUUUGGGCUUGGAGGCUCAGAAUUAGAUUUUACCUGAUUUUUCUGGCGUCCGGAAUUCCUUUGAAACCGAGGACUUCGUGGCCGCUGCACAUCACUCAGCAGAAUGUUCUCAGACGCGUGUAUUAUGAGCCUGAUCGCGGCUUUUCAACCUCCUCGAUCACCAAAUCAUUAUAUCCCAGUUCACUUGGUAUGGGUGGUAUAAAGGAAACAACGUUUUCGUUGCAAACUUCUUCAGUUAUAUUCUUGUUGUUAUUAUUGUUGUUUUGUCUAGAGCGCAGAUUAAAAAUCCCCCGUUUCAAAUGUUUGUUAUUGUUGGCUGAUUCGCGUUUCUGCAGUUUUCUUUCCUUUAGCUCUUCCUUGUUUUCGUCUGACUUCUUUUCGAGUUUGCGCAUAACAGAAGCAAGACUAUACUUUCGUCUUCGUAACUCGGGUGACUUCGGCUUCCAUAUUGGAGAUCGCAAGGGGCCUGUGUCCUCAUGAUUUGACAAGCUGACAUCUGCUUGAUUAGCUGUAGAGUCUUUUCGCUGGAAAAUACUGUGCAUUGACAUGCCAUUCUGUUCUGACAUUCUAAAUCAAAAUGACUGUCCAACCGUUGCAUUUGUUCUCUGAAUCCGUAUCGAUCCUUGCACUGAAGGAGACCUCAAUGUAAUGAAUUUGAAGCUACGUCGAUCGCCGAGGAUGCUGUGGGCUUUUCUCCACCAGAACAACGAUUUUCGCAUAAAAAGAUGAAUUUCAAAUAUCUACACAAGAUAAAAGCCUUGGCAUUAAUGUCAUCUGCAUAUUUGCUUUCGAUAAUUAUAUGCUCCGCUCAGUAUUGUGAUGCAGCUUGGGUAAUCCGUCAAUGUUCUUAAGCCACAAUCUGCCUGCAAUCCACUUCCUUAACUUCGAAUAACCGAACAGCUAAAUUCUAAUAACAACUGUGCGACUUUUCUUGCCAGAAUUGCUGAAAUACUUUCUCUUUCAAAUGUGUGCAAGGCCUUCUGCAGACUUAUUUUUAAUAGCUUUGCAAUGAUAACAAAUGUAAGCCACAACAUGGUGUCGGGAUAUUUCUCUGCCCCGUAGUGAUAAUCAACAAACUAUCGCAGUUUAUUUUUGUUAUCAGCUGUUUUGGUUAACCAUUGCAUUGUUCUUAGCCAAUGGGGUUCGUGUUUGCUCUAGAUUCUCCACAUCCACGAUUGACCAUCAACUUUUGCGACGCUGAUGUUAGAAAGGCGUAGUGAGCUAUGAUUCCAAUCGCUCUUGCUCGCAACACACUGGGUUUUGCAAUUAGCGGAAAAUCUCCGAUUUAGUUCUGCAGACAAUUCUCCUGUAUUUACCAAGCAGGCUUAUCCUUGAAACAUUUCAAAGUAUCUGUCUUAUGAAUUUGAAAGCUAAUUAAUUACCUAUUCGUAACUAGCUUUUUUGACCUUUCAUUCUAUAUGAAACCUCUAGUCGCUCAAAAGUUGAUUAAGGAAUUUGCGGUUAGCAGCCGUACUAAAGCGUCUCAAAGGUAGAUCACUGCUGACAAACGUGAGUUCUUUUAACGUAAAACUAACUGUUAAAUUUGAUAUUUUAGGCCACCUAAACCAGUUUGUUGUUAAUUAUAGGUCUGCGCCCCUCCUCUUUUUUCUGGGUAAUUCUAAAAUAUCAUGGCUAAUUUCUGCCAGGAUCAAAUAAUGGAACCGAUACUGCUUUUUGACAUUUGUAUUCAUGUGUGACCUUUUGAUAACUGAAAAUUCAAUAAAUGCCAUAAACUCGAAAUUUUGCUACUUUAAGUUCUUUGUUUUAAGAUUUUUCUACUCAAGUGGCAAUUAGACAUUGAAAAAUGAUUUACCCCUAGAAAAAAUGAAAAGGUGAAGAAAUUGAUAUUGAGGAGCCAUGCAAACGAAAACAACUGAGACGUUAAUUUUGUAUACAAUAUAGGGAAAGCCACACAGCCACCCUACUCUCCUCCGCAGAGACUAUUUUGGAGGGAGAUUUGGGAGGGAAAAAGAAUAGGAUAAUUGGAACUGGGAAGGAAAGGGAAAAGUGGAGGAACUGCGAGGGAGAGGGAGGAAGAAAAUAGCGGCAGAAUUUUCUUUUCUUCUUCUUCUCCACCCCCUCCAAUUCUCCGCAGCUUCACAAUUUUUCCCUCCCGCAGCUUCACCAUUUCUCCCUCCCAAAUAGCCUCUGUGGAGGAAAGUACAGCCGCCAACCCUCUUUUUUGGCUCUACACUACUGGGCAUAUUGUAUAACGGCGAGGCGAGAAUGUUUGAAGCUUGAUCUCUACAACAGUCGUUAAGAAAAGCGAAUGCCCACCUUUGCCAAUUCAUCAAGUGCUUCCUCUGAUUUUGUAAUGUAUUUGUAGCAAGAUUGAAAUGAAUCAUUUUUCAUCUGAAGCGUUAAGGCAUAAAUCUUAGAUAGAUAAGAAGCUUGCUAUUAUUAGCAGCGACUCAAUGAAAUCUUGAAAGCUGCAACAAAUGUUUACUUGCCUCGGAUUUGAAUGUAGAAACCUUGAACAAAUAUUAGUUAUUGUAUAACAUUUUAGGGCUUAGAAAAUACUACCAAAAUGUAGAUUAAAUUGUCUCUUUAAGACUCGGCAGGCUCUCCUUGACAAAUGUUAGGUAGAAUCAGGAGUUUAUAAAAGUAAGAUCGGACUUUUCCGUAAUCAACAAGUCUUUCUUCCUAAGUAAACAAAAUGAAUUAAAGCUAUGCUGUUGUUAAAUCUAUCAUCAACUUGAAAAAAAAAAUUUUUCAAUACAAACUUUUGACAGUUGUAGCAAAUUGAUGCAGUACUUGAGAGGCAAUGUGCAGUUACCAAAUUUUGCAGCGAUAAGACAUGCAACAAGUUCAUUAUAAAAGAAGUUAGAAGAUUUAAAAAGUUGUAGCGAGAGUCAAAUGAGAACUUUGUUAACAUUUAGAAGAGACAGCUCGAUUUUCUUAUAAUACCGUAAAUCCUCGAAUAAGCCCACACUUUGAAUAAACUUUCUCCCCUCGAAUACACCCUUAACAUAAAAACAUUUAUAUGAAAAAAGCCCCCAACCUCGAAUAAGCCCCUAUGGAAUGAUGUACGGUAUGUCUUAAAAUCAGGUAUGAUAGUGAAGCAGUCUUGUCAUGUUUCUUAUCUGUGUCGUUUGUCAUGUUACAUUGGUAGACCAGAAGGCUUAUUACAUAAUACAUGGAUAUUCAUUUAUCUAAUACA